AUGAGUUUCAACCUAGUCGGUGCAUUCAGAGGGCUUUCUCUGCGCUCGGGCUCAAGCUCAAGCUCAAUCUCAUCAUCGUCCUCCUUCUUCAGGGGCGAUUUGGGUUCGUUGCAAGUGGGUCCCAAGCUGUCAUUAGUGUCAAACCCCCAAAGAUUGGACUUGAAUAUUCAAAACGCGCACAAGAAAGGAGCUGGGAGUACCAAGAACGGUGGCGAUUCCCCAGGCCAAAGGCUUGGCAUCAAGAUUUUGGGUGACCAGGCUGCUAAGGCUGGCUCCAUUAUUGUACGCCAGCGUGGCACCAAGUGCGUGAAGCUUUAG